UUCUCUCCAAUCCUCCAACGGCAAAACUCACCGAAAGGCCCCCGAGUGACGUUUGGAAGGGCUGGUGCUUCACGCUGAAGAUCAGCAACGGUUCAAGCCGCCAAACGCCAAAAUAAGUUUGGUUUCGUUUUGGGUCUUGCCUGGAUACGUUUCCGCCUCUGGCCCCCGAGGAUAAACUGGCGGACCAGCAGCGUCAGAAGCCGGCAAAGGUGAAGACAAGGAGCGGGAAAGUUUGGCAGCCUAGACCCGAUCCUUCGUCGCCAGCUGAUCGGGGCUGGAUCCAGAUGGGGCUCCCGGUGGCCCGCUGGGGGCUCCUGUCCGCGGCGACCCUCCUGUUGCUGCUGGGAGGAUGCGCAGGCUCCUCCUCCCAUUCGUUGCGCCUUUUCUACACCCUGGUCAUGGGCUCCAGCCAGGAUGUGCCCCGCUACAUUGUGGUGGCAUAUGUGGAUGACCAGCUGGCUGCAAAUUUUGACACCCCCACAAGAAGAUUGUUGCCCCAAAUGGCCUGGCUUCAUAAAAUGGACGACGAGGACGACUCCCAUUUCUGGGAUCAUUCAUCAUGGAGAGUGAGCACCAUCGAGAGGAUGUUCAAAACUGAGCUCGCCAUCUUGCGCAGCCACCACAACUCCAGCAGAGGAAUUCACAGCUGGCAGCGCGUGAUCGGCUGCGAUCUGAGCAAAGAUGGCCACAAGAGCGGAGUUUACCAGUAUGGCUAUGACGGGGAAGACUUCAUCAGCCUGGAUCAGAAGACCCUCACCUGGACCGCUGUCGACAUCCGCGCUCAGGUGAUCAAGAGAAGGUGGGAAGCUGAACCUUUCCUCACCCAGCGCAGGAAUAACUUUUUGGAACAGGAAUGUAUCAGGCUGCUUCAGAAGUGCAUGAUGUAUGGAAAGGAAUCUCUGCUGAGGAUAGAGCCCCCAGUGGUGAAAGUAACUCGCAGGACCCAGUACAACGGCCUGGAGACGCUCGUCUGCACAGUCUACGGCUUUUAUCCCAAAGAGAUAGAUGCUACCUGGAGGAAAAAUGGGGAAGUCUGGGAACAGGACACCUUCCGGGGUGGUGUUCUUCCAAACUCAGAUGGGACCUACCACGCCUGGCUGAGCAUUGAGGUUGACCCGAAGGAGAGGGACCGCUAUCGGUGCUACGUGGAUCAUGCCGGGUUUCCGGAACCUCUGAUUGUGGCCUGGGAGGAGCCUGACUUUGUGCCCAACAUGGGGCUCGUGGGCGGAGUUGUGGGGGUCGUGGUGACCACAGUUUGCAUUGCUGCUGGAGUGAUUGUCUACAUCAAAAAAUGGGGCAGAAACGAGUACAGAAUGGCAUCAGCCAGCAUAUAGGAUUUUGAAAGUCCUCCAGUGGUAAGUAGUUCAUACAAGGCUGUAA